GUAGCAGGAAGUUGUUUUUACUACAUGAAUAGAUGAGUAUAAAGAAAACAUCUUUAUUUUUUUUCCCCCCUAUUCACACACACACACACACGCACGCAGACAGACGCCUCUAGGUACAAAGGUUUGCUUUGCGUCGCAUUCCUUUAAACCUGCCGUUUUUCUCUUCUAUAUCUUUAUUGAUGUAUAUCCUUCUUUCUCCCGGUCUCUGAAGCUGCUUGGGCACUCGUCACAUUACUUUACUCGUGGAUAAGGCGCUGCACGCGCAUUGGUGCAAGAGUGGAAGCCGCACAAGACUUUUCCGGCGUCUGGCUCGGUGACUGUGCUGCGCAUGCGUGGCGGAGGUGAAGGGCUGCACUGAUCUGUAAAGAGAGAGAGAGAGAAGGAGGGCAGCUCUUGCCUUUUUUCUGGCUCGUUUGCGCGCAACGUUGCUUCGUCUUCUUCCAUGUUUUUCUCCGUGUUUCUCUCCGUUUAGUUUCUUCGUUUCUCUCUUUUUUGUAAAUUCUGUUCACAGUAUCAUUACAGUAGUUAUCCGUGUAUUGUUUCUAGCGUUCCUCGGUGCUUCAUUUUCUCUGGUGCUGCUGCGGUGGCCGUCGACGCUGAGUAAUUGGAUUGUAAGAAAGAAAAAGGGUUCUUGAAAACGAUCCUUUGUAAACACCUAUUUCAGCUUGUCAACAGUGGAUACCCUCCAAAAGGAAAACGCCGUUUUUUCCUUGUUUUUACCAUUAGUGAGGAGGCGUACGGAGCGUUCUAAUCAACACACCAUGCCAGCCAGCGUUGUAGCGCAGGGUGGUGGUGGUAGUCCUAGCAGCGGAAGCGGGGCAGCGCACGACAUGAGCCGACUCUCCCCGUCGUCUGCCGAGUGCUCGCCGGAGCAGCGUCGCGAGCGGGCGCGGCGGUACGACGGCGACGACUCCACCUUCAUCUCGGUCGAGUACAUCCAGCAACUGUGGCUGCUGCGCUCCGUCAGUCGCACCCUGCUGGCCCCGAUAGAGCGGGUGAAGUAUGUCAUGCAGUGCCAGAAGGAACUGCAGCGCACCGGCGCCAUCCAGUGCGAGUUCAAAACGGUGUGGUCCUGUGUGCGGUACUUGAAGCAGAUGGAGGGCACGCGCCGCUUCUGGCGCGGCAACCUCAUUCAAGUCGUGUCGCUCCUACCCAUCCUGCUGGCGCAGAUCUUCAUCGCCUACCCAACGCAGUCCUUUAUCUUCAACUCGUGCCCGGUGCACACGGCGGCCGGCUACACCGUCGCGAGCUACGCGGCGCUCCUCGGCGGCGCCGUCGCCGCCACCACCGUCAGCUACCCGCUCGAGUACGCGCGUUUUCGCCUGGCCGUCGACGUGAAGUCGCAGGUGGGGGCGUCCUACGAGUUCCGCAACAGCUUCGCGUUCUUUUCGCACCCUGUGCUCAGCGAGUGUCCCCACUACUUCUACCGCGGACUCACGCUUUACAUCUUUGGCAGUGUUGUCUACCAAGCUGUCCAUAAUGUGCUGCUGAACGUCGUGGCCCCGUACGUGCCGCCGGAGGAAGACAGCAGCAGCUGGGCCCCUGCGAUCAUUCAAACCAUCGCCGGCCUAACGGUGUCGGGGACGACGACGCUGUGCUUGCACCCUGUCGACCUGGUGCGCCAUCGCAUGAUGAUUGCGGUGAUGGAGGACCGACUGCGUUACGCCUCCAUGAUGGAGUGUGCGACGCAGAUAGCGCAGCGGGAAGGACUUCGGGGCUUUUUUAGGGGUGGCACCGUGACCCUCACAAAGAUGAUCGCCGCGACGGGCCUUGUGCUCUUCGGCCUUCCGUAUUGA